AUGAGUGCUAAUAUAAGUUCCACAUUUCGUAUUCUUCAAAUUGCACAACGAUUUUUUGUGGUGCCUUCUUUAACUGCUUUAAUAUUAAAUGGCGCAAUCUUACACACAAUUACUAAAAGCAAAAAUUUAUCUAAAUUGCCCACUUAUCAUCUCAUUGCAAAUAUGGUUGGUUCUGAUCUAGCAACUGGAAUUACAUUUUCUAUCUUACCAUUUGUGUCAUCAUUUCCCUUGCCCUUUGUAAUGGCUGAUAUAAUUUGUCGAGCUCUAUCGUAUAUAAUUGGAAUGUCCUACAUGGCUUCAAUAUUGACUUUAGUGGCCAUAAGUCUAGAUCGAUAUUUGUCUAUUUUAAAACCUCUAUUACUGGCAUCAAGACAGAAAAAGCUUAUAGUAUUUAAGCGCCUUAUUGUUGCCAUCUGGAUUAUUAGCAUAACAGCCUCUUUACCGCUAAUAUACGUUACAGGGACGAUACCAGGCUCAACAAAUUCUUGUGCUGUUUUGCAACGAGAUCACUUUAACUUUAUUUAUUUUAUCACAGUAACUGUUUUGUUGUAUGUCGCUCCAUUGGUUACCAUGUCAGUUCUCUACAACAAAAUUUAUUGUUUCUUGGUAGCUAAAGCAAAGAUUUGCAAAGCAGAAUCAAGCGAUCCAAGCAAGCAAACAGCAGUCGCUUCUUCUUUUUUAACUAAUGAUAAAAGAAAGGCAUUGGUGAAAACAUUAAUCAUCAUAACAACAGUAUUUGCAGCAAUGACAUGGCCAUUUUUUGCUAUGGCAUCCGGUAUGGCUGUGACAGGAAUUGAUAUUCGUGACUUAGAACGAAAAAGUCUGUUUCUUUUCCUUUUAUGUGCUGUUGCCGCUUCAAGUACCGUUAUGACUUCGGUGGUUAAUCCGAUAUUGUUAAUUCGUUUUGAUAAAAAUAUCGGCGCUCGAAUAACUCGUCUCUAUGGACAGAUAAAAAGAGGGAUGAAUAUUAGCAAUGAAAGCUCUAGUAACUUGCCGACUGCCGCGUCUAAAGAAACUCCAGCUUAA